AGCAGCCCCAUUGCUCUCUUGAGUCACCCAGCACUUUCAGACACGCUCUUGCACUCAUCAGUUUCUCUCUCACACACUCACGAAUGCCCACACACCCCACAACCUGGCAGCUCACAAGACCAGUACUCUCAAAGAUGACACUGAACUGAAACUCAGCACAGACACAGUGUUCAGUUGUUUUUAAGGAUCGCCAGCAAUCAUGCCUAUUCUAAAAAAGCUCCCAGGAAGAUCCAAGAGCUGUCACGAGUUCCCUAGAGUAAACGGUGAACUGAUCCUGCCUCGGCUGGACUUGGACCUGAGGGACCUGAAUGAUCUCAACGAGCUGAAGGAUCUAAAGGACCUGAACAAGAACCUCAACCCCUUUGAGGACGUGGACUUGGACGAGGAUGAGAAGAAUGGGGGCGACACGGGCCUCUUCAUGGGGGAGAUCAGGGGGAACCUCCAGCUGAGGUCCUGCCGGGAUGGAGAAGAGGAAGAGAACGAAGUGAACGCAGAGAAGCACGGGGCAGGAAACCCCAAAGCAAAGCCGCUCAGGGGGACUCUGGAGCGGAUCUGUGGAGUGUCACCGCUCAAAACCCUCGGAAAACUGGGGAAGGGUCUUCGCAUAUCAGGACGACAGGUGUGGGGGAACAGCUUUCCCCACUACAACCUUGGAGACUCAAAUACACUCCCAGCAGAGAAGGAGAAGAAGAAAGGGCUGCGAAGAGGCUCGGAGGGGAUUAUGACCCUACUUCGCUUCACAGGUCGCCGUAAGGAGGAGCGCAGGGAAAGCCUGCCCUCUGGGGACCUGAGCACAGAGUGCGAGGCAGAGGGAUCCAGGCGACCCUCAUUUCUUAGGAUCAGCUUGGGCAAGCUCAAGAGGGAAUCCAUGUCGGACAAGGCUUCCCAGGAGGCCGACGAGGAGGAGGUGGAGGAGGAACCGGUGAUCAAAACCAGAGAGCCCUUGUCAGUUCUGGAGAUUCUACAAUUAGUCAACCAUAGAGACCUUCUCUUGGCUGACACACACAUUCUGGAGUUGGAAAGAGAGUCUGAGCUCCUGUCUUUGCUGCCAGCCACAACUGCAUCCACCCCUACUUCUACUUUAUGUCCCAGCACCCCACCUAUUAGCCAUUUUUUGUCAUCUUCGUCAUUUGACGAGGCCCUCAGCUCGAAUGCAACGUUAGACUCUAGCAGGAGGAAGGUUAAGGAUGUGGAGCUCUUGUACGAAGCAUUGCAGAAGGAGAUGUGGGACGUGGUGAGAGAGUCGCUCCGCCAGCCCAGUGCUGGCCCUAACCUUGGCCUAGUGGUGCUAGUGAUCCAACAGGAGGAGCAUGCUGAUGCUGCCUGGGCUCUGAGAGAGGAGUCCAGGACAGAGCGAAUGAGUCCCCAGAUCCAACCCAGCCAGCGCCCUCGACGGCUGAAGACCAAGUGGAGGCAGGCGGUGGCAGAAGCUGCGGACUGGAGCCUGCCUCACCAGGUGGACACUCAGGCAGGCCAGCUGGCCUCGUAUCUGGAGCGUAUGAGGAGCCGGAUGGUGGAUGACCUGGAUGCGGCCAGGAGAAACGCUGUGUGCAUUUACCCAGAGGAAUUUGCAGCCUUCCAGGUGUAUGUGGAAAGUUACCAUCAGGCCGUCGCCAAACGUCUCCGGACCAUCACCAGUGGGCCGCUGCAGAUCACAGAUGUCUACUCACUGUUAGAUUGGUUUUACAACAUCUACAACAGAGAUGUCUUAGGAACCAUUGGCACCAGUACAGCCAUACACUACUCUGCACUGGAGCCUAUUCUUCCUCAACAGACAGUGGACAGGCUGGAGGAAGACUGCAUCAGUAUAGUCAGGGAUAAGGUGACAACAGAGCUGGUCCAGGUUCUGGAUGAUGAGGAGAGGCGAUGGGCCCAGACUCUACAUAUAGAGGAGUAUCAGUCAAACCUGGCACGCUCAGUGAUCCAGAGGCUGAAGGUGGAUUUAGAUAGAUCCACAUCUGUGAGCCAGUUUCUAGGUGCAAGAGUUGCCCGCUGUUGUCUUAUUGGGCUUGCUGACUUCCUCUACAACUUCCAGAGGAAGGUGGAGAUGUUUCACGACACACAGGCAGAGUUUGGAGACAGAGGGGACGGAUACGUGUCCAAGACCAUAGCGCUGGUCAACUGCUGCCCUCCCCUGAGGAACUUUGUGGAGCGUUGCAGGCAGUGCGACCCACAGGGCAGCGAGGAGUCAGCCCAGAGAGCCAUCUCUUCCCUGGACAGAGUCGUCAGCCUGUCAGUGCGGGUUCUGACGGGAAGACUGUUUGAAAACAUCAGGCCUUUCUUCGACAAACUGAUGAAGAGGAAAUGGCUGAACAACACCGAAGCCUUUGAAGCCAUUGAAGCCAGCACUAAACAGCACUUCAAAAAGUUCAAAAGGAUGGAUCCUCCUCCGUAUCAGACACUGGUGGGUGAGGUGCAUAGACGGAUCCUGGUGGAGUACGUCCGGGCCAUUAUGCGAGGACGGAUCAUUUGCACCUCCUCCAAGAUGAGAAAGAGGAUGGCUUUUCGACUACAAGACGAGGCCAAGCAGUUGAAAGGCCUCUUUAGAGAUCUGGAGUCAAAUGCGUCCUGGUUGGACAGCAUCAUCUCCCACCUAGCCGACAUCAUCCUCCUGGAAGACACUCCCUCCAUCCAGAUGGAGGUGGCUGUCCUGGUGAAGGAGUUCCCUGAUAUAAGGAAGAAGCACGUCUCCACCCUCCUGAAUGUGCGAGGGAUGACACGGCAGGCGGAGCGGCAGGAGAUCCUUAACGUUGUCAAAGACUUCGAAUGCAGCAGCGCCCUCAUCUCGCGGGAGCGCGCUCUCUUUGCCGACAUCCCCAUCACGUCGGAGGUGCACUGCAUCAGCCUGGGUCUCCUGCGCCUCGCCAUGACCGUGUCCAACUGGUUCUCGGAGCACCGGCCACGGCGCAGGUGCAGGACGAGCGCCCGGCAUGCCGCGCCUCAAGCAGCUGAGACAACUGGAGACGCAAACAAGCUUCAUAGAGAAGAGUAGGAGCUUGAUGACAUGUACAUGAACCUUUGAUACCAAACAGUGUUACCAGUCUCCUAAAGAAAACUUGACCUCAGGUACUGCUGGUAUUGUGCAUGCUCGCUGACUUAUCUCCACUUUACCUUACAAAAUCUGUAAGAGAUUUUGGGGUUUGUGAAAACACAGUGUUUUAUGUUCCUGGUGUUGAUCUUUACAUAUAGAGAAGAAGACAAAGAAAAACAAUCUGUGUUGUACUUUGUUGCUUUUUAUUCCUCUGUAACUCUGCAAAAUUCAUUAUACUAUAUCGUACAGUAUUGCAGUAUAUUAGCCUCGUCAUAUUCAGAUAUCUACAAAUCAGCAUCAUCUGCUUUAUAAUGGGACCUAAAUUCACGCUACAUAAUGCAGCUGAACUGUUUUUCUGUGACUUAAAGUACUAAGAUUCCUGGACAGAUGGGCUGGCCCCCACAGAGCCCAUAUCUCUGCAUCACAGAGACACUCUGAGCUUUCUCAAGAUGAAGCUUGCAAGUAUAGUGGUAGGUGUGUGUAAGUGGACCCAGAAGACUGUGCUGUUUCAAAGGCAAGGUUUUUUUUACCCCCCUUCAUGGCACUUUUCUGGAAGGUAACAGAACUAAAAAUGGUUAUUUGCUUUAAUUUGGAGAGAGUGCUCUCUUCAACUUGGAGGAUUGAUUUUGUUGUUGUAAAGCAAGAUGGUGUGAAAAUGUGUUGAACUCUGACUGUGAAUAAAAUGGAUUAAUUGCUGGAAACAUAAUAAAAGCCCAUUGACUGGGCAGAAUAAACA